UGCCUUUAUUUACUCUAUGGCCUCAAGCUUCUAUGUUCGAUCCAUGGUUCGAUCUUCGAUCAUAUAAUUAAACUCGAAGGCAUAGAGUAAAGCCAUCAAGCGAUUUUGUUUCUGAUUUUUUAACUUUUGGGUUGGUUACAAAAUUUCUGGUAGUGCAUUGAAAUUAGGUUAAAGCAGCGUAUUUUGAAGUUGUCUGUAAUGUGUCUAAUGUGAUUAAAGAGUGCUCCUGGAACAUAAAAAUUGAUGAUAAGUGCAGACGAAUCAGAUGAGGAGAUCACGGUGCCUUGGCCGCCACAACCGCGACGCCCCCUCAGGCCGGCCAUGAGCAGCAGCGCUUCGCCCCACGGGUACAACCUGCGACGCAGCAGCAGACGCAGCUCCGAGAGCGGGGUCCCGGCGGAAGACGCGGCCGACGACGAUGCCCGCAGCCAGUCGGAUCUCGAUGAUUCGGAGGACGAGUCUCGGGGUCUGCAACGAGGCGAGACAGCCCGAAGGAACUCGGGUCGCUUCUCCGGCCGCCGACCUGAGAAAGAGACGCCUGGGAAGAAGGGCGACUGCAAUGACGGAGGGGCUGGCACGACGUCCAGCGACGUAGGUUUACUUGCAGUGGCGGUGGGGAUCUUUAUUGCCGUGUGUUUUGGUUUAGGCCUAUACGUUUCAAACACAGGAGAUGACGGUGAUGUCACAAAUCUUCCAGGGAUCCACACGCAUCUCGAGGAUAAUGUUUUCGAAAAGUAUCUGAAGGAUCAGAUAAGGGCCGUCAAGAAACACUAUCCGACCCAGAGAAAAGACCUAUGGCCGGAGCUCCUCGCGGGAAUCAAGAGAGUGGCGCGGGUGGUACCGCCGCAGCCCACGACGUUCCUCUUGCUGCACACCGGCGAGGCCGAGGACACGCUGCGGUGCCUGGCCCGGGAGGUCGCGAGAGCGGCCACCGGCUUCCUCAACGCUUCGCAGUUCGUCGCGGUGGACGGCGAGCGGCUGAGGGAGAUCCACGAGCGCAACCUGAGGGCCUCCAAAGAGCCGGAAGACAACGGCUGGUUCGUGGAGAUGUACCGCCCAUUGGUGGAGCGCGACCGCGCCAUGAUCCUGUACGACCUGGAGAAGGUGCCGGGGAUGGUGGCCCAGGCCCUCCACUCCUUCUGCGACGAGGUCUCGCCGUUGGUGGGCCAGGCAGUGUACUUGUUCACGCUCAGGGUUCCGGAGUACUCCUCGCUCCGGGCCGUGAGAGUCGCGGAGGACCUGCUGAAUGACCUGUGGAGCGGCGAGCUGAGCGACGACGUUCGAGCGCCUCUGCUCACGCGAAUCACGGGAGGGGCGGUGUACGUGCUCCCCGAACCGGAGCUGCCCCGGUCCUGCUCUUGAUCCGUGAAUUUUUCCGGUCUCUACUAAUGAGCCAAAAAAAAAUAUCAUGUCCAUUGUCUAGGAGGCAGGGCAAUUUCGGAAACUGUCAUAGAAACAGGUGAUGCGAUGUUCCAAGCAUGUGUGAGUUUAUACUGCGUCCACAAUUGGACCACGUGUUGUUCAGACACGCGGCGUGUCUCCCGUCAGGGCCGCUGGCUUCUGCCGUAAGUGCCUGGAUGCAGGCCAAGUCUCAAAACCAAUCAUAUAAAAUUCUUUAGUUUCGCUUUGGUUAUUGGCUCCUCGCCUGUACAAAAAAAAAACUAUUUUCGUAUUUGAUUGGGUCGUCAUGACAAAUUAUGUUUGUGUUUGACAAGUGUUUUGAGAAAAAAAAAUUAACAAAUUAUUUUUUCUCCAAAAAUAUCUGGUAUUCUAAUUGGCGAGUACAAAAUUGAUUGAUGUAAUAUUUCUCUUUUAAGAUUUGGACUGUACCAAUUUCAUUUUACGCUCGUGCUUUGAUUUUAUCGACAAAUUAUUUUCCUUGUAAAUUCUUUAAAACUACUGUUUAAAUAUAUAUGGAUAUGUGUAAAAAGGAUAUGUGUAAAAGUUAUGCUACCAGGGUUUUUGUAUUUUCAGUAUUUAUAAUUUACAUCAGUUCCAAGCAUUACAAUAUUUGUUCUACAGCAGGGUAAUGUAAGGACAUGUUAUUUCUUAUAUACAAUCAGUACAAACAGUGAAAAGUCUUUAAAAAAAAAAACACAGUAAAAUCAAUCAAAAAUCAAGUUACAAUAGAUUUAAUCAACAUAAGUACCAAAGUGCCUUAUAAAAUGCUAUUAAAGUAUUUUGAAGUAAUUCUCUAAAUUGAUGAUCAAGCACCCAAGUGUAUUGUACUGUGUGUCCACACAAAUCUUUAGAAAAAUUUUCCCGACUCUCCAUGACCAAAAUUACAAAUUUCACUGAUGAAUAUCUUUCAAAUAUUUUACCUAUUUUGCAAUUUUCUGAAAGAAAAAAAGAUAAUACAGCCUCCAGCAUCUCUAUAGCUGUAGGAGUUAAGGCAGAACUAUGGAUAUGCCAUUUUACAGUGUGUGUGACUAUACACUAAAACACCAUCUGGAAGAAGAAAAAAAUGUCCCCAAAGUCUUUGUGAAGGCAGAUUGGAUCAUGACAUUUCCCUUCAAAUUACUAUAACUGAGGAAUUUCUAUGACUUACCAGGUUUUAAAGGACGUUCCUGUAGUAGCAAUUCCGUUACCCCUUCUCAAAACAAAGUACACAGUUGAGUAACCGUACAAUUUGAACCCACUGCCCACGAAUACUAAUUUCCUUCUUCCCUUUUAGUAACGAAACAGCAUGUACAAACAUUGAAAAUUAUGUUUUUUUUUUUUGUUGAAAAUUUUAUUCUAAGAUGUAUGCUGUCAGCUGUUUCUGAUAUUAUCAACUUGUCUGCCCUUAUUCUUAAGUAUUUUAUAGUACUCUAAGUGUUGUAAGGUUUUGAUAUGUUGUAAAUAUAAAGAUAAAAAAAAAUUUUUGUGCUGAGCUUUGUGAAGUUUAAAAUUUUAAGCAAAUUUUUUUGGUGUGUGUGUGUUUAUGAUGGUUGUGCUAAACCAGUAUUUGUAGUUAGUAUGUAAGAAGUAUUCAAUUAUAAAGAGUCAGUACUUAAUAAAUAUUUAUUAAAACUAUAUAUUUAACAGUUCUGUAACAAAUCAGGAUUUUAAGUUUGUUCUUUUUCUUAAGCUACAAUGUAUUUCCUAAAACAAUUUGGAAACAAAAAAAAGAGCAUAGUUUGAGAGCCGGCAAAUUUUUUGUUGAGUAAAAAAAAGUUGGAAAUAAAGGUGAAUAAAAAACAUAAUCUAUAAUAAUUAAAAAAUGUUUUCUUUUUACUCAGUUUUAGUGAGUUGAUGUGGCAUGUUUGUAUAGAGGCCGCCAAAUAUAAGGUACAAUUGUAUGCAUUAAGAAUAAAGGAUUUGAAAAAUAAAA